AUGACUGACCAACUGACUGAAGAGCACAUUGCAGAAAAUAAAUUCAAAGAAGCCUUUUCACUAUUUAACAAGGAUGGUGAUGGAACUAUAACAACAAAGGAAUUGGGAACUGUAAUGAGGUCUUUUGGGCAGAAUCCCACAGAAGCAGAAUUACAGGACAUGAUUAAUGAAGUAGAUGCUAAUGGUAAUGGCACAAUUGACUUGCCAGAAUUUCUAACAAUGAUGGCAAGAAAAACGAAAGACACAACCAGUGAAGAAGAAAUUAGAGAAGCAUUCUGUGUGUUUGAUAAGGAUGGCAAUGGCUAUAUUAGUGCAGCAGAACUUUGUCACAUGAUGACAAAACUUGGAGAGCAGUUAACAGAUGAAGAAGCAGAUAUUGAUGGCGAUGGUCAAGUAAACCUUGAAGAGUUUGUACAAAUGAUGACAGCAAAGUGA